GCUGCUUCUCUCGCUCCUCCUGCACACUCCGCGCUGAUGCUGCUGGGAGAGCGCUGAGCACGCGAGCUUCGGAGGGCGAGGGGGAGAUUUCGUGAAGCAGCCGCGACACUCAUACACCCAUGCUUGGGACCUGGCCGCGUCUGCCUUCGCCAAUGCAAAAGGAAAUAUGCAGCGAAGCCUCGCUCUGCUGUGCACCGGCUUCCUGGGACUGUGCCUCGCCUCCAGCUUCCCGAGCAACAUCAACAUAGGUGGAUUGUUCCCUACCGAAUCCCACGAAUAUGAAGUGUUCCGGUUCGCGCUCUCGCACCACCAGGAUAUUCCCAAACUGGUGCCUCAGGUGGACAUGGUCAAGACGGGCAACAGCUUCUCCAUGACUUACGCCUUCUGUUCGCAGUUUGCGAAAGGCGUGUACGCCAUCAUCGGAGUGUAUGACAGGAAGACGGUGAACAUGCUGAUGUCAUUCUGCGGCGCGCUGCAUGUCUGCUUCGUCACGCCGAGCUUCCCCAUCGAGACGUCCAACCAGUUUGUGAUUCAGCUGCGGCCAGAGCUGCAGGACGCCCUGGUGGGCGUUAUCGAGCACUACAAGUGGAGCAAGUUUGUCUACAUCUACAGCUCAGACUCAGGACUGACGGUUCUGCAAAAGGUUCUGGACACAGCGGCCGAGCGGAACUGGCUGGUGACCUCAGUGAACGUGGAGACCAUGACCGAAGCGUCUUUCCUCAAAGUCUUCCAGGACCUGGACAAGAGGAAGGAGGGCCAGAUCAUCAUCGAUUGUGAACUGGAGCGCCUCGCCUCCAUCCUGAAGAAGAUUGUGGAACUGGGAAAGAAUGUGAAGAGCUAUCACUACAUAUUGGCAAACCUGGGGUUUCUGGACAUUGAUCUGACCGAGUUUAAGAAAGGAGAGGCCAAUGUGACAGGCUUCCAGUUAGUGAACUAUGACGAUCCGAACGUGAGCCGGAUAGUGCAGCAGUGGAUGGACUUCGACAAUAAAGACCCAAAAGUUCCCAAAAGAGGACUGAAGUACACCGGAGCCCUCACGUACGAUGGGGUCAAAGUGAUGUCCACAGCCUUCCAAAACCUCCGCAGGCAGAGGAUUGACAUAUCUCGUCGUGGCAAUGCUGGCGAAUGCCUGGCCAACCCGCCGGCCCCCUGGGGCCAAGGCAUCGACAUUCAGAGAGCGCUACAGCAGGUGCGGAUCGAGGGCUUAACGGGACACAUCCAGUUUAACGAGAAAGGCCGGCGGACCAACUACACGGUCAGCGUGAUGGAGCUCAAACCCACAGGGCCAAAGAAAGUGGGUUACUGGAAUGAGGAUGAGAAGUUUGUGAGCACUGCAGCUUUCGCGCCAGGCAACAAUGACACCCACGGAUUUCACAACCGCACGUACAUCGUCACCACUAUCCUGGAAUCUCCAUACGUGAUGCUAAAGAAGAACCAUGAGCAGCUGGUAGGGAACGAUAAGUAUGAGGGCUACUGUGUGGAGCUGGCAGCGGAGAUAGCUAAACAUGUGGGAUACCAAUACAAGCUCAAGAUCGUGUCUGAUGGCAAGUAUGGAGCAAGGGAUCCAGAAACCAAGAUGUGGAAUGGGAUGGUGGGAGAACUGGUAUAUGGAAAAGCUGAUAUUGCUGUGGCACCGCUGACCAUCACCCUGGUGAGAGAGGAAGUCAUCGACUUCUCCAAACCCUUCAUGAGCCUGGGCAUCUCCAUCAUGAUCAAGAAGCCCACCAAGUCCAAGCCGGGCGUCUUCUCCUUCCUGGACCCUCUGGCCUAUGAGAUCUGGAUGUGUAUAGUGUUUGCCUACAUUGGCGUGAGCGUGGUGCUCUUCCUGGUCAGCCGCUUCAGCCCGUACGAAUGGCACGCCGAGGACUACGAGGAAAAUGCUGAGGCCAACCCCAACCAGCCUUCGUCUUCAACGGGCCAGACAGGCCAAGGCGGCCAGAACCAGCCUCAGCAGAGCCAGGAGCAGACCAACGAGUUUGGCAUCUUCAACAGCCUGUGGUUUUCUCUGGGAGCUUUCAUGCAGCAAGGCUGUGAUAUCUCUCCCAGGUCCCUCUCAGGCCGCAUCGUGGGUGGUGUCUGGUGGUUCUUCACCCUCAUCAUCAUUUCCUCCUACACGGCUAACCUGGCGGCCUUCCUCACAGUGGAGAGAAUGGUGUCUCCUAUAGAGAGCGCUGAAGACCUGGCCAAGCAGACGGAGAUCGCUUAUGGCACGCUGGACGCCGGCUCCACCAAAGAGUUCUUCAGGAGGUCAAAGAUUGCUGUGUUUGAGAAGAUGUGGUCUUACAUGAAGUCAGCAGACCCCUCAGUGUUUGUAAAGACCACAGAUGAAGGAGUGGUGAGGGUGAGGAAGUCGAAAGGGAAGUACGCCUACCUGCUGGAGUCCACCAUGAACGAGUACAUCGAACAGCGCAAACCCUGCGACACCAUGAAGGUGGGCGGAAACCUGGACUCUAAGGGAUACGGAGUCGCUACCCCAAAAGGAUCGUCACUCAGAAACCCAGUAAACCUGGCAGUGUUAAAACUGAACGAGCAGGGCCUGUUGGACAAAUUGAAAAACAAAUGGUGGUACGACAAGGGCGAGUGCGGCAGCGGGGGAGGUGAUUCCAAGGACAAGACAAGCGCUCUGAGCCUCAGUAACGUGGCUGGUGUUUUCUACAUCCUGAUUGGCGGUCUGGGCCUGGCCAUGCUGGUGGCGCUGGUGGAGUUCUGCUAUAAGUCCAGGACUGAGUCUCGCAGGAUGAAGCAAUCCAUUAACGAUGCCAUGCGCUGCUCCACGCUGACACGGAUGAGUGGAAACGGCAGCGGUGGGGAGAAUGGCCGCAUCGUCGCCCACGACUUCCCCAAAGCCGUGCAGACGUUACCGUGCAUGAGCCACACGGCCGCCAUGGGCCUUGGCGCCUCGGGCAUGUGAGCAGGUCCACGGGCGUCUGAGUAUGGAACCCCACCCCCACCCCUUCCCACCCUGACCCCGUCUGCCCACCUGCCCACACGUCCGACUGCCUGACCCCUCCUCCCGCAGCGGACACACCGUACUGCCAAAACACACUCUCGGACUGCUCUCGGCAAAAAACGGCCAUUCUGAAACUCUUUUCUAAUGAAAACAGAAAAUAAAUCAAAAAGAGAGAAAAGAAUACAGGAGAGGAAGACAAACGUGGUGCAAUAAGAGGCUGAGAGGGACACUUUUUCGACAAACAGCAGCGGUCAUUCAGAUGAUGGGGUUCAAAACAAAACAAAACAAAAAAAAGUUGUGUCUAGUUUUGACACCCAUGCUGUGCCAGUACGAGACCUGUUUACUUCUGUCUUAAGUGUGCAAUAUUUUGGUUCAUGUCAGUGUUCUACAGCUGUCGUCUCUUACCCUGUUUUCUUCAUGAAAAUGGGUUCGCAUAAAAGACGUGAUUGUUUUGCACAGAUUGUUACGUGGCUCAUAACGAUUAAUAGAAAGGAGAUAUGAGAAUAAGCAGCCCAUCAUAUUCAUUGAAUAAGCAGCCUAUCGCACUGAUAGUGACACAGCCCAGUACUAGCAGACGACGUGGAUGAUUUGCCCUCCACCAUUAACUUCACAUAGCCUAAUUAAAAAAAGGAAAGAACAUAUCAAUUUGUCAGUCUGUUGAUAGUGUAAAUACUCUGAUGUAAAUCUUAACCUGGGCAAGGGGAAAAUUUGAUUUGUUGUUGAUCAGUAGAGCAUAGCAUAUUGAACUUGUUGAUUAUCUUGCUGUGAUUUUUUUUUCUUUCACCUCAACAACCUUGCAUUGCUGCUACGCCUCAUUUAAGGUGCCAUACCUCAUUUGUGGCGAGAUUGACUUGGGAGCGUGUUGUCGCACGUUGGAAUCUGCAGUUUCAUCCAGAGCGCUGGCGGAAGGACAUCAGUGAAAAUGUCACAAGCUACUGUGUUUAAAUGUGUUUUAAUGAGCUUGUCACUGUUUGCCCCUAUUAUUCACAGUCUGGUCAUACUGAGGAGAAGCCACCGAGGAGCUGAAAGUCAUUCUUCUGUUUUUCGUAUAUAGUAUUAUCUUGGGUUUGUACUGUGUGCUGAGCCAAAGCCGGGCAUCCUUUUGAUACCGUAUUCUUUUUUACAUCAACCAUCUGUCUAUUGGAAAUAAAUCAACAGGCUUUUUUCUCAACUGCCUUGCAUUCAUAAAAUAACAUCGAUGCAUAUGUUUUGUAUCCAUAACAUUGCAUAAUCAAGUGGCCUGAAAGUACGUAGCUGCCAUUUUCAGAACCGAGUACUGAAAGCGUACAUGGACCAAAAUGCUGAUGUAGAUGUUGGCAUACCUUUUAUUCUCUCCACACACACAGUUUGAUGCUGGGUUUGUGCUGAAUAUUUCAUCAAUCUACAGCGGGGUUCGUUGCUGACCUUUCAGCGCUCCUGUUUUAUAGACCAUGGCCACUAGUUUCCCAGGAACAGAUUUCGCCAGUUCCUGAAUGUUGAAGCGCUCACAGAGGAAGAUCAGCAUUUGUAGAUUAUGUUAGCCUACACCUAGGCACAAUUAGGGUUCGGAAAACCCUGUGAGAAAGCUACAGCCUCAGUCAGGCCUCGGUACUGUGUUUAAAUAACAGAGAAAGCCCCAAGACAGACUGUGCUUUAUUUCACCCCGCACAGCGUGUGAAAAAAAGAGUGUUUUGUAUUUCUCUCGCUCUUUGUUUUUGGUUUCUUUCACGUCUGUUUUCUGAAGGCACAGCACUCUGGGGUCCUUUGUGGCCUCGGGUCAGAGCAUCUUUUAUAAACAGAUACAGAUUUGUAAAACACAAGAGAGACGUUUCAACAUUUGUAAUAAUAAGGAUUUUUGAAAGCUGUGUGAAUCGGUGUUUUCCAAAUGAACCAGUAUGUUGAGACGAUGUUUCUUUAAUGUAAGGGAUGUCGUUUUUGUAGAGGUUACGAGUUUCCGGGAGACCUAGUCAGGAUACCUUGUGUUUCUGGUCGUGUUAGGCUAUUUUUUGUUGUUGUUGUUUUGUUUUUAAGAUACUUAAAUGCACAAGUGAUCCUGUGCGCUCAUUCAUACUUCACAAUCUUGUUGUUUGUUUUUGUUUCUUGUUUACUUGUUUGUUUUUGUUUUCUAUUGAUCAUAACAGAGAGGUACAGUUGCAUAAAAAAUGGAACGGAUGGAAAGUACAUUCAAUCAAUAAUGAGUACAACAAAUAAAACUUUUCUAACUAAAGCCAAUACAGUUUUUAGCAGUUCUUCUUUGUGUUAGAUCAGAAUAACUCUGAGUCACAUUGACCUUUCCUUCAAAGAGGGACACAGAUGACCCAAACCAUGCCAGCCAAACCAGCAUAACAAAGCCACUGAACCCCCCUCACUGUAGUGGUCAAGCAUUCUGUCCUGUAAUGUUCUCUUCAUGUACGGCACACAUGCACUCUCCCCCUUGUGGAGAAUAUUUUGAAGGAUGACUUAUCUGACCAGUGCCUGUUUUUUUACACCUCUGAACUCUCAAAUGUGCAUUCGUCUUUGUAAUGAGGGGUUCAUGCUCAACAUCUUGAUUAAAGUAUUCCUCUCUGUGUAGUUGUGGACGGACUGUUCUUGCUUACACAGUCUGAUCAUGUCCAGCUUGUUCACCUGAGGAACACUUGCUCUUCUGUUUUUCCUUAUGUAUCACACAAAUGCAUAAGCAUCAUGUCAUUGAAUAACCCAACGCUUUCUAACCCAAUUUCCAACCCUGUUUCUUGAUGACUUUCCUAAAGAUCUAAAUUUUGAUGCUA